AUGAAAAACUUUGAAAGAAAUUAAUCAGUUGAAUUAUGCAAAUAAAGUUUAGAUUUAAAUAACUGUGGAGAUAUUUCUAGGGUAACAACAAUCAGACGCUAUUAUCAGAUAUUUUUAGAUUAUGUUUACUCUUAUGCUUUAUAAAAAAAUUAGGAGCUUUACUACAAAGAUGAUGAGCUAGAAAUAGAUGACUUUAUUUUAUAAAAAAAAUAAGGAAAGGCAAGAAAUAUGCCUAUCUACCUAGAUAAAUAAUUUAAUUAAAUUUUUUUGUGA